CUCUCUUCGCUUCCUCUUCCUCUUCUGCUUUCUCCUCAUCUUCGUUCUCCUCUUCAUCACUGGAAAAUAUCCGGUUCUGUCAGCUUCCUGCUUUCUCCGUCACCCGAGGUUCUCUCCUGCAUCGUCCCCGCCCCUCCAUCGCCCCUCCAUCGCCCCUAAUCCCCGACGAUCCCCUCCUGUCACCUCGUCUCCCCUCUCCUAUCCACUUCUAUCCACAUCCCUAACGGUCAAUUCACCCUCAAUCCUAUCUAUCCCCUCACAAUGUCGUCCUCUGGCAAUGGUGCCCCGCCCGUGGGCCAGGAAAACAUCAACACCGACAUCGUCACCCUCACCCGCUUCCUCACGGAGGAGCAGACCAAGAUCCCCGAGGCCACCGGAGACUUCACUCUCCUCUGUCACGCCCUGCAGUUCGCCUUCAAGUCCAUCGCCUACUACAUCCGUCGGGCCUCCCUGAUCAACCUCACCGGUCUGGCUGGUUCCUCCAACACCACCGGUGAUGACCAGAAGAAGCUCGACGUCAUCGGCAACGAUGUCUUCCUCUCCGCCAUGAAGGGCUCCGGCAAGUGCCGCAUCCUCAUCUCCGAGGAGGAGGAAGAGGCCAUCGUCUUCGACGAUGCCCCCUACGCUCGCUACGCCGUCGUCUGCGACCCCAUCGACGGCUCCUCCAACCUGGACGCCGGAGUCUCGGUCGGCACCAUCUUCGGCAUCUUCAAGCUGCCCGACGAGUUGCUGGGCCCCAACAAGACCGUCACCGCCCAGGACGUCCUGCGACCCGGCACCGAGAUGGUCGCCUCCGGUUUCACCAUGUACGGCGCCUCCGCCCAGCUGGUCAUCACCAUGCGCAACGGCAGCGUCAACGGCUUCACCAUGGAGAACUCCCUCGGCGAGUUCAUCCUCACCCACCCCAACAUGCGUCUGCCCGAGCAGCGCGCCAUCUACUCCGUCAACGAGGGCAACAGCUCCUACUGGGAGGAGUGGACCCAGGCCUACUUCCACUCUCUCAAGUUCCCCCCCGGCGGCGGCAAGCCCUACAGCGCCCGCUACAUCGGCAGCAUGGUCGCCGAUGCCUACCGCACCCUGCUUUACGGCGGUGUUUUCGCCUACCCCUCCGACUCCAAGAGCACCAAGGGCAAGCUGCGUAUCCUGUACGAGUGCGCCCCCAUGGCCAUGCUGUUCGAGAACGCCGGCGGUCUGGCCGUCGAUUCGCAUAUGAACCGUCUGCUCGAGGUCAUGCCCGAGCACAUCCACGACCGCAGCGGUGUCUACCUUGGCUCGCGCGGUGAGGUGCAAAAGGUCAUCGACAUGUACAAUUCCCACAAGAAAUAGAUUCCCUUCCGGGCGCUCCCCUGCGCCUCCCUUUUGGUCAUGAAUUUUACGUGUAUCUACUCAGAAUGGAGAUCUUCCCUUCCUGC